AUGAGCUCCGUCGCCGUUCUGACCCAAGAGAGCUUUGCUGAACACCGAAGUGGACUGGUUCCGCAACAAAUCAGAGUUGCCACUUCAAAUUCAGAGGAGGACAGCGACCCCCCAACCUACAAGGACGCCUUCCCCCCGCUCCCUGAGAAAGCAGCUUGCGUGGAAAAUGCCCAGGAACCUGCUGGCGUCUGGAAUAACAAGAUCCGGCCCAUCAAGGCUUCCGUCAUCACUCAGGUGUUCCAUGUACCCCUGGAGGAGAGGAAAUACAAGGACAUGAACCAGUUUGGAGAAGGUGAACAAGCAAAAAUCUGCCUUGAGAUCAUGCAGAGGACUGGCGCUCACCUGGAGCUGUCUCUUGCCAAAGACCAGGGCCUGUCCAUCAUGGUUUCAGGGAAGCUGGAUGCUGUCAUGAAAGCCCGGAAGGACAUUGUUGCUAGACUGCAGACUCAGGCCUCAGCAACUGUUGCCAUUCCCAAAGAACACCAUCGCUUUGUUAUUGGCAAAAAUGGAGAGAAACUGCAAGACUUGGAGCUAAAAACUGCAACCAAAAUCCAGAUCCCACGCCCGGAUGACGCCAGCAAUCAGAUCAGGAUCACCGGCACCAAAGAGGGCAUCGAGAAAGCUCGCCAUGAGGUCCUGCUCAUCUCCGCCGAGCAGGACAAACGUGCUGUGGAGAGGCUGGAAGUAGAGAAGGCAUUCCACCCCUUCAUCGCGGGGCCGUACAACCGGCUGGUCAGCGAGAUCAUGCAAGAGACCGGGACACGCAUCAACAUACCCCCGCCCAGCGUCAACCGGACCGAGAUCGUCUUCACGGGGGAGAAGGAGCAACUGGCUCAGGCUGUGGCUCGCGUCAAGAAGGUUUACGAGGAGAAGAAAAAGAGGACCACGACCAUCGCGGUGGAGGUGAGGAAAUCCCAGCACAAGUAUGUCAUCGGGCCCAAGGGCAAUUCCCUGCAGGAGAUCCUGGAAAGAACUGGAGUCUCUGUGGAGAUUCCUCCUUCAGACAGCACCUCAGAGACUGUGAUACUCCGAGGCGAGCCUGAAAAGCUGGGGCAGGCGUUGACUGAAGUCUAUGCCAAGGCCAACAGUUUUACGGUCUCCUCCGUCUCUGCUCCUUCCUGGCUUCACCGAUUCAUCAUUGGCAAGAAAGGGCAGAACCUGGCCAAAAUCACUCAGCAGAUGCCAAAGGUCCACAUCGAGUUCACAGAGGGCGAGGACAGGAUCACCCUGGAAGGCCCCACAGAGGAUGUAAACGUGGCCCAGGAGCAGAUCGAAGCCAUGGUCAAGGACUUGAUUAACCGGAUGGACUACGUGGAGAUCAACAUCGACCACAAGUAGAUUCUGCAUCCAGUUGCGCGUGUCCUUUUGUGUUCUUCAGUAAACAGAAUCAAAGACCAGUACAAGGUGUCUGUGCGCAUCCCUCCCGACAGCGAGAAGAGCAACCUGAUCCGCAUCGAGGGGGACCCGCAGGGCGUGCAGCAGGCCAAGCGCGAGCUGCUGGAGCUCGCCUCCCGCAUGGAAAACGAGCGUACCAAGGAUCUAAUCAUUGAGCAGAGAUUUCAUCGCACAAUCAUUGGGCAGAAGGGUGAACGGAUCCGUGAAAUUCGGGACAAAUUCCCAGAGGUCAUCAUCAACUUUCCAGACCCAGCACAGAAAAGUGAUAUUGUCCAGCUUAGAGGGCCCAAGAAUGAGGUGGAAAAAUGCACAAAAUACAUGCAGAAGAUGGUGGCAGAUCUGGUGGAAAAUAGCUAUUCAAUCUCUGUUCCGAUCUUCAAACAGUUUCAUAAGAACAUCAUUGGGAAAGGAGGUGCAAACAUUAAAAAGAUCCGGGAAGAAAGCAACACCAAGAUCGACCUUCCUGCAGAGAACAGCAACUCGGAGACCAUCAUCAUCACAGGCAAGCGAGCCAACUGCGAGGCCGCCCGGAGCCGCAUUCUGUCCAUCCAGAAAGACCUGGCCAACAUAGCCGAGGUGGAGGUCUCCAUCCCUGCCAAGCUGCACAACUCACUCAUCGGCACCAAGGGCCGCCUCAUCCGCUCCAUCAUGGAGGAGUGCGGUGGGGUCCACAUCCACUUCCCCGUGGAGGGUUCGGGAAGUGACACCGUGAUCAUCAGGGGCCCUUCCUCGGACGUGGAGAAGGCCCGGAAACAGCUCCUGCACCUGGCGGAGGAGAAGCAAACCAAGAGUUUCACUGUCGACAUCCGCGCCAAGCCGGAGUAUCAUAAGUUCCUCAUCGGCAAAGGAGGCGGCAACAUCCGCAAGGUGCGUGACAGCACCGGGGCCCGCGUCAUCUUCCCGGCGGCUGAGGACAGGGACCAGGACCUGAUCACCAUCAUAGGGAAGGAGGGCGCCGUCAGGGAGGCCCAGAAGGAGCUGGAGGCCCUGAUCCGGAGCCUGGACAACGUGGUUGAAGACUACAUGCUGGUGGACCCCAAGCACCACCGUCACUUUGUCAUCCGGAGAGGCCAGGUCCUGCGCGAGAUCGCUGAGGAGUACGGCGGCGUGAUGGUUAGCUUCCCACGCUCCGGCACACAGAGCGACAAGGUCACCCUCAAGGGGGCCAAGGACUGCGUAGAGGCAGCCAAGAAGCGCAUCCAGGAGAUCAUCGAGGACUUGGAAGCCCAGGUGACCAUAGAAUGCGCCAUACCCCAGAAAUUCCAUCGAUCGGUCAUGGGCCCCAAAGGUUCCAAAAUCCAACAGAUUACUCGGGACUAUAACGUUCAGAUUAAAUUCCCAGACAGAGAAGAGAACCCAGUGCACAGUGUGGAGCCUGCUGUCCAGGAGAAUGGUGACGACGCGGGGGAGGGGAGGGAUGGCAAGGAGGCUGAGCCCGGCUCCCCCAGGAGGUGCGACAUCAUCGUCAUCUCCGGCCGGAAGGAGAAGUGUGAGGCCGCCAAGGAAGCCCUCGAGGCGCUGGUUCCCGUCACCAUUGAAGUGGAGGUGCCCUUUGACCUUCACCGGUACAUCAUCGGGCAGAAGGGAAGCGGGAUCCGCAAGAUGAUGGACGAGUUUGAGGUGAAUAUUCACGUCCCGGCACCUGAACUGCAGUCUGAUGUCAUUGCCAUCACGGGCCUGGCUGUGAAUUUGGACCGGGCCAAGGCUGGGCUGCUGGAGCGGGUGAAGGAGCUGCAGGCAGAGCAAGAGGACCGGGCUUUAAGGAGUUUUAAGCUGAGUGUCACUGUAGACCCCAAGUAUCACCCCAAAAUCAUUGGGAGGAAGGGGGCAGUGAUCACCCAAAUCCGCUUGGAGCAUGACGUGAACAUCCAGUUUCCUGAUAAGGAUGAUGGGAACCAGCCCCAGGACCAAAUUACCAUCACAGGGUACGAGAAGAAUACAGAAGCUGCCCGGGAUGCCAUAUUGAAAAUUGUGGGUGAACUUGAACAGAUGGUUUCUGAGGAUGUCCCGCUAGACCACCGUGUUCACGCCCGCAUCAUCGGUGCCCGUGGCAAAGCCAUCCGCAAAAUCAUGGAUGAAUUCAAGGUGGACAUUCGCUUCCCACAGAGUGGGGCCCCCGACCCCAACUGCGUGACCGUGACGGGGCUCCCGGAGAACGUGGAGGAGGCCAUCGACCACAUCCUCAACCUGGAGGAGGAAUAUCUGGCCGACGUGGUGGACAGCGAGGCGCUGCAGCUGUACGUGAAGCCCGCCCCCCACGAGGAGUCUAAGGCGCCGUCCAGGGGCUUCGUGGUGCGUGACGCUCCCUGGACCGCCAGCAGCAGCGAGAAGGCUCCCGAUAUGAGCAGCUCCGAGGAGUUUCCCAGCUUUGGGGCUCAGGUGGCCCCCAAGACCCUCCCAUGGGGCCCCAAACGAUAA